AUGUUGAUCCUUGAGACGAAAUGUGGAUCACUUUUUGACUCUGUAACUGUAAUUUCAGCCAUGAAAAAUUUUGUAAUUCUGGUUGGGAAAAGUACCGGUUCCUCUACAGGGCCAACGAUAAGUGAUUCACAUUUUGUCUCAAGGAUCGACAUUUUGUCUCAAAGAUCGUCUAUACGUUUUUCGGAGUAUUUUGGAAUCUCAAUUUUGUCUGAGGAUGAAAUUAUGGGUGGUUUACAUGGCCGAGGUUGCGAGCAAAUUGUAAAUGUUACGAUUGGAGAUAGAGAUGAUCAUAAUGGAAAAUGUCUUGUUUGGAUUAAAGAGUUGAUGAAUAUUGAAAAAAAGUUGCUUCGAGCUAUAAAGAUUGAUGCGCCGGGUGCAGUUCUUAUGAAAGAGGAUGUUUUUUUUCGUUUAUCGAGAGAACUUAACAUUUCGAAUAAAGAUAAUCCUAUAGACGUCGAUGAUGAUACCACAUUAACUGAGGAUGAACUUGUCAAUGAUAUUCACAUAAAAGGCAUUAAUCAACCUCAAGGAGAGAAAACUGUGCUAUCAACUUGUGUCGAUCAAGAUAAUCAACCUCAAGGAGAGGAAACUGUGCCAUUGACUGGUGUCGAUCGAGAUAAUCAACCUCAAGUAGAAGAAAUUGUUCCGUUGACUGGUGUCAAUCGGGAUAAUCAACCUCGGGAAAAGGAAACUGUACCAUCGACUGGUGUCGAUCAAGAUAAUCAACCUCGGGAAAAGGAAACUGCCUCAUCGAUUGGUUUCGAUCAUAGUGAUGAGUCUCAGGGAGGGAAAACUGAUGAAACUUCAUCAUCGGCGAGUGCUGAUCAGAGUUAUCAACUUCAGAGGAGAAAUCCCUCUCGAAAUUUGAAGUUAAAUAAAUUUUUUAGAGUAUCAAAGGGAAAGAUUACAAAAGAUGUGCAAUUUAAUAUUAACAAGCGAAAAUUAAAAAAUCGGCAAGAUAAGGGUAAGGGUGAGGGUAAUGUCGAGGAUUGGUCUAAUUGCGAGAAGUGUUACGGAUUGCGGAAACAAUUUUGUAAAUUUUGUGGAUGUUUCAAAUGUGAACGAAAAGUUGAUCCAGCUCAUAUUUUACUAUGCGAUGGUAAUUGUGGUAAUGGUUAUCAUACAUAUUGUUUAAAGCCUCCGAUCGAUGAAAUACCUUCUGGAAAUUGGUACUGUGACAAGUGUAGAUCUUUAAAUGCGAAACAGGUCGAGUCUGAAUCCUCUGGAUCUAAAGGGAAAGAAGUGGUUUCAACGAGUGAUGAGAUUCAAGUUCCAUUAGAGAGGAAUGAUUCGUUAGGAUUGAGUCAACCUAUGUCUGGAAUUGUAAUAUUAUCACGUGGUUCAUUGAUUGAUAUUGAUUCCUUGAAGUUAACUAAUGAUAAUCAACAAUCUGAUACUGAUAUAUAUGAUUCGUCUAGUAGGGCAUAUAUGUUAAAAAAAAUUUUUACCGAUGUUACAACCGAUCAAUUGAAUAUAUGUGGUGAUCAACUCUUUUUGAGGAAUGAUUCUAUUGAAUCUUUUCUUAUCUCUAAUUUUGAUUCUCUUUUUGAUGAUAACGACAUUUAUUUUUCAUCCGUAUCCCUACCAUCUCUACCAUCUCAUUUAAUAUUGGAUGUUGAGACGUUGGAGAAUUACUUCAAGGAAUGGAUUAUUCAAUAUGAUAAACUUGGGUUGAAAAAUAAAGUUCCACCUACAUCAAAAAUUCUACGUGGUCUUGUUGCAGAGAAAAUGAUAACUAUUCUUUGUAUUGAUGGAAGGCAGGAGCGAAGAUACUGGACUGGAAUGUGGAAAUUGAUCGAAUUACUUCAUAUAACUCGAUGUCGGGUGGAUUUUCUCAUGAAGGCUCAAAUUAAUGCCACAUUUUUAAUGACGGCGUCUAUUAGUGAUUAUGAUAAAUUUCUUAAAAUUCUUUUGGAUGAUGAGAAGGCUUCUCAUAAAAAUCCUUUAUUCGAUGAGUUGUUGAUGCAAAAG